UUAAGGGGAGACAGGCGGGAAGGGGGCUGGGGAAAGCCCGAGGGAGGAGGAGAAGGAGGGAGGAACUUCCCAAAGUUGCAAAAACAUGGCUACCUUGCCUGCGGAGCCGAGCGCGGGGCCGGCGGCCGGGGGGGAGGCGGUGGCGGCGGCGGCGACCGAAGAGGAGGAGGAGGAAGCGCGCCAGCUCCUGCAGACUUUGCAGGCGGCCGAGGGUGAGGCGGCGGAACGGGCCCGCGGCCGCGCGCUGGGUGCAGUGGACAAAUACCGGCUGCGCAAGAAGUUCCCGCUGCCCAAGACCAUCUGGGACGGCGAGGAGACGGUCUACUGCUUCAAGGAGCGCUCCCGCGCCGCGCUCAAGGCCUGCUACCGCGGCAACCGCUACCCCACGCCGGACGAGAAGCGCCGCCUGGCCACGCUCACCGGCCUCUCGCUCACGCAGGUCAGCAACUGGUUCAAGAACCGGCGACAACGCGACCGGACCGGGAGUGGCGGCAGCGCGCCCUGCAAAAGCGAGUCAGAUGGGAACCCCACAACUGAGGACGAGUCCAGCCGAAGUCCUGAGGAUCUGGAGAGAGGGGUGGCCCCAGUGGCUGCAGAGGCCCCCACCGCAGGCCCUGUAUUCCUGGCCGGCACCACCCCAGCAGCGCCAUGCCCGGCCUCCUCCUCCAUCCUGGUGAACGGGAGCUUCCUGGCGGCCAGCAGCUCUCCAGCAGUGCUCCUCAACGGGAGCCCUGUCAUCAUCAACAGCCUAGCCCUGGGGGAGGCCUCCAGUCUGGGCCCCCUCCUGCUCACAGGGGGCGGGGGCGCUCCUCCACCACAGCCCAGUCCCCAGGGGGCCUCUGAGGCCAAGACCUCCCUGGUCCUAGACCCUCAGACUGGGGAGGUCCGACUGGAGGAGGCUCAGCCAGAGGUCCCUGAGACCAAGGGGGCCCAGGUGGCUGCUCUGGGGCCAGUGGGAGAGGAGGUCCCCGGGCCUUUACCCCAAGUGGUGCCUGGCCCCCCACCAGCUGCCACCUUCCCCCUGCUGCCUGGGCCAGCGCCUUCGGCUGCUCCACAGGCAGUGCCACUCUCUCCCUCUGGACACGCUGCGGGCCUGGGCCCCCCUUCCCCGCUGUUGAACCUGCCCCGGGUGCUACCCACCUCACAGGUGGGGGCCCUGCCUCAGGCUGCGGGGCCCCUGCAGCUGCUGGCAGCUGGGCCAGGCAGCCCUGUGACAGUGGCGGCUGCAGCCGGCCCUGCCAACGUGCACCUGAUAAACUCCGGGGUGGGCGUGACUGCCCUGCAGCUGCCUUCAGCCACUGCCCCAGGAAACUUCCUGCUGGCCAACCCCGUGUCUGGCAGCCCCAUCGUGACGGGCGUGGCCGUGCAGCAGGGCAAGAUCAUCCUCACGGCCACCUUCCCGACCAGCAUGCUGGUCUCCCAGGUCCUGCCGCCGGCUCCCAGCCUGGCCUUGCCCCUCAAGCCAGAGAUGGCCACCUCAGUGCCUGAAGGAGCCCUCCCAGUGGCCCCCAGCCCUGCUCUCCCAGAGGCCCAUGCCCUUGGCACCCUUCCUGCACAGCAGCCACCACCCCUUACUGCCACCAGCUCCGCAGCCAGCCUGCCCUUCUCCCCAGACUCCUCCAGCCUUUUGCCCAGCUUCCCGGCACCCCCGCCAGAGGGCCUGAUGCUGUCACCCGCCGCUGUGCCCAUCUGGCCGGUGGGGCUGGAACUGAGCACAGGAGCAGAGGGGCUGCUAGAAGUGGAAAAGGGGUUGGGGACACAGGCCCCCCACACAGUGCUGAGGCUGCCAGACCCUGACUCCGAGGGGCUGCUUCUGGGGGCCACGGCAGGGGGUGAGGUUGAGGAGGGCCUGGAAGCCGAGGCCAAGGUCCUGACGCAGCUGCAGUCGGUGCCUGUGGAAGAGCCCUUGGAACUGUGACCCGGCUGCAUCCAGGCCUCUCCUGACAAUGGUGCUCAAGAUGCGGGCCAGGCCCCGGGGGAGGGGGCCUCGGAAAAAGCUGCUGUGGCCUGAAGAUCUUGCACGUGCUGGGUUCCUCUGCCCACGUAACCCUGCCACUCCCUGUCUAGGGCGCUGUCCCUCUGGACUGGAGGCUCCUGUUACAGCCCUGACCUCGCUGUGCCCUGCCACAUAUCUAAGGGGGAUUUUGGGUCCUGACUCGGGGGCUCUGCCCCUUCCACCUGGUACUAUCUGGGAGCUGAAGGACCUGCCAGAUGGCCGUGGCCCUCUCCUUGUCACUCCUUGAACCUAUUAAUAGCUCCACUGACGCCGGGUGUUCCCAGAACUGCUUGGAAUCCGAGGGCGAGGGCGGAGGAUGGCUGUCUGGUGCCCCAGAGACCGGCAGACCCUCCCUCCCCCAGCUCCUGCCUAAACAGGCAGGGUGGGAGGUGGGGUCCUCUUAGCUCCCCUGGACUAAAGCCCCGUGAUUGCAUCUAGCCCCAGACCAAAGACCCCUUGCCCCUGGGGCACCCCGACCCGUGCGUCUAGUUUGUACCUAAAUCUUUAUUUUUCUAGGACAUGUUAUGCCCCCAUUUCAAGUAAAAUAAAGUUAACAAGAAGACAACAGCGUAGGGUGAGGGCGCCUUCCUAACGGCUUGGCCAAAGGAACAGCACAGCAGA